AAAACAUUUGACAGACAUUGACACAUGAUGUGACACUUGAAAUAAAGUGAAAUAAAAAUAUAAAUAAAUAUUUUGUUUAACUUUAACUUGCCUUUUACAUUACUCUAUUAACAUGGAAGUGUUUAACAAAGUAAUGAAUCAGGUGAGUAGUUCCGUACAUAGUACUGUAUCUCAACUCUCAGGAGUUUUACCAGGAAAUCCAGUAACGAGAGAAUUUGAAUCAUCUGCCCACAUUGCCUCAGCAGGACCAGGUUUACUAUGGAAGAUUUACAAGGGAAAUAAACGUUCUACAAGACAAGAAGCAUCAAUAUUUGUAUUUGAAAAACGACAAUUAGAUAGGUACAGCAGAAGUGAUCGGGAAAUAAUUUUAGAAACACUACGUAAAGGAGUAGUAAGGCUCACAAAAAUUCGUCAUCCAAAAAUAUUAACAGUUCAACAUCCUUUAGAAGAAAGCAGAGAUAGCUUAGCUUUUGCUGCAGAGCCAGUUUUUGCAAGUUUAGCCAAUGUCUUAGGACAUACCACUAAUAUGCCCCAACCUGCCAAUAUGUCUGAUUAUAAAUUAUUUGAUAUCGAAAUUAAGUAUGGUUUAUUGCAAAUUAGUGAAGGUUUAGCAUUUUUACACAAUGAUGUUAAACUGUUACAUAAAAAUAUCAGUUCUGAAAGUAUUAUAAUUAACUCCCAAGGAGCUUGGAAAAUUUUUGGUUUUGACUUUUCUGUUUUAAAUACAAAUCCAGCAAAUAUGCCUCCAAGCUACCCAUUUGAAGAAUAUAGCCCAACAGUGCCACCUGUUUGCCAACCCAAUUUGGAUUAUCUGGCUCCAGAAUGUAUUGUUUCUUUAACACAUUCUUCUGCUAGUGAUAUGUUUUCACUUGGUAUGUUAGCAUAUACUAUGAAUUCGCCUGAUAAGAAAUGCUUCAAACCUAUCAGAGACCUCCAUCAGUUUAAAUCUAGGGCACAGGAGUUGUCAAAAUUAAGUACUGGAAAAAUGCAAUUUAUACCUGAAGGAUUAAGGGAAUUUUGCAAGUUAUUGUUAAAUGGUACUCCUGAAGUUAGACCCGAUGCUCAUCAGUUUGUUAAAAUUCCUUUCUUUGAUGAUGUUGGAAUAAAAACCCUAACCUAUCUAGAUUCUGUCCUACAAUGGGAUAACCUUCAAAAAUCACAGUUCUACAAGGGUUUACCUGAAACGCUAAACAAAUUACCUCACAGGGUCAAAAUUCAAAGGGUUGUAGCAUGCUUAGCACAUGACUUAGGCCAACCUGCCAUGGUACCAUUUAUAUUACCAAGUUUAUUAGAUAUCGCACAGGAUUGUAGUGAGCAAGAAUUUUGUGCUCAUAUUUUACCACUUAUUAAACCUUUAAUGACACUCUUAGAACCAGUGCAGGUUCUUCUGAUUUUCCUGCAACGAAUGGAACUCCUUCUAAAGCUGACUCCAGCUGGAGAUAUUCAACGCCAUGUGCUACCAAUGCUCUAUAGAGGAUUAGAUGCUGAUUCACCUCAAAUUCAUGAACUUUGUUUAGCUGUCCUCCCUACUUUUGCAGGUCUUUUAGACCAUUCUAAUGUUAAAAAUAGUUUGUUACCUCGAAUCAAAAAACUUUGUCUUAACACAUCCACUCUUUCAGUAAGGGUGAAUUGUCUUCUUUGUGUAGGAAGACUUCUGGAGCAUCUAGAUAAGUGGUUGGUUAUAGAUGAAAUACUACCAUUCCUACCACAAAUUCCAUCUCGAGAACCAGCAGUACUUAUGGGCAUUUUGGGUAUUUACAAGUUAGCUUUGCAUCACAAAAAGUUGGGUAUAACCAAAGAGAUAAUUGCAUCUAGGGUCCUACCAUUUUUGAUACCUUUAUGUAUAGAAAAUGGUCUUAGCAUUCCACAGUUCAAUGCUUUAACUACUCUAGUUAAAGAAAUGUUCCAAAUCGUUGAAACUGAACAUAGAACAAAAUUAGAGCAAUUAAACAAUGUAAAAGAUGAACAAAAAAUGCUUGCUAACACAAUGCCAGUAGUUUCACCAAAAACGAAACCUAUUGAAUUAGAUACUGCAUUCUCUGGAUUGGGUUUAGAUAAUUUCGUACCAGGUAUGAACAUUCAGCAAAAACAAAACCUUGCACAACAACAGGAAUCUUUUAAAGCUUUCAGUGAACAACCUGCUAUUCAACCUAAAAAGGUAGAUGGUACUCCUAAAUCUGUCCCCAAAGAUUUAUCCUCUUCUUUGCUAGAUGAUUGGGUAAGUAAAAAUACCACUUCUCUACCUACACCUGAUAGUCAGGGUUUCCACAAGUAUAGUAACGCCACUAGCAGUCUAAUGGCAUUAAGUAAUGCUCCCACUAAUCAAAUAACCUCAACUAACGCCUCUAAGAUGUUUGGUAAUGCCUCUAGAAAUUCUUUCAAUAACAACCAAAUGAUGUUGACCAGCCCACAAAGUCCUAGCUCUAAUUCUCAAUGGGGGUCCCAGACUAACUGGAACACUUCCCUGACACAAAGUAAUACUCCUUUAAUGGGUGCUUCGAAUUUCUCUAAUAAUAAUGCUGGUGCCAAUCAGUGGAGUAAUUCGCAGGGAGGCAAUUCACAAAAUUGGAGUGCCUUUGAUACUCUCUUACCAAGUGGUAAUGGAAAUUCAGGUAAAGUGCCCAUGAAUAAAGUGGGUGUGCAAAAUGUGCCUCUAAUUCCAAGUGCUAGUGGCAAUAGCGUUAAUAACAAUAAAAAGGGAUUGUCUAAGGAUGAUAUAAUGGAUUUCUUGAGCUAAAAUUUUGAGUUUAUUAGAUAAUAAUUGUUUUUUUUGUGAUAUGUGUAUAUAGUUGAAUCUGGAAAUAAUAGGUAGUGAUGGAAUAUAUGAAAAAUGCUGUCUAAUUAAUAAUAAAAUUAGUAAUAAUCAUCAGUUCGCAUUUGAUCGAAAUUAGAUAUGAUCCAAAUCUCAUACAGUAUGUUAAGUUUCAUACACUCUCGCCAAAAGAAUGGUAUAGAAUAAGCGAUGCCAUUGAUUAGACAGAGGUAGAAGUGUGCACCAGCCCACAACUGGUAGAGGUAUAUACAUAUGUUCAAUUAUGACGCAGGCAACCGAGACACGAGAGCUUCUCCUUAUUUUUCUUACAUGCAAAUAUAAUUAAGCGUCUCAUCUUUAUAUCGAAGGAUCCAUGGGUAUUGUAUAAUGUUUGAAAGCAAAUGAUCGGAAUGGUGU